AUGGCCCCCACCACCACCACCAGAGAAGCCUUGGAAGAACACAAGCCGGGCGCCGCGUGCGGUGCACGAGCCAGGGGACGCGCGGCCCGGGUGACCCGUGCGCAGCCGGCCCGCGGCGCGGCCUCCCAGCCCCGAGCGCCCUUGUGCGGGCCCUGGGUUGAGGAGCGCGCGACCCCGGCGCGGAGCCCGCGGGGGUCCGGGCUCGGCCGCGCAGGUUCCCUUCCCGUCAUGCCCAUCCCGCGCCGGUUGCACUCCUUCCACGACCCCCACACCACCUGCCUGCACGCGGCCUGCGGGCCCGUGCGCACCUCCCACCUGGCACGCACCAAGUACAACAACUUUGACGUGUACAUCAAGACGCGCUGGCAGUACGGCUUCAUCCGCUUCCUGCUGUACUUCAGCUGCAGCCUCUUCAAGGCUGCUCUGUGGGGAGCACUGGCCGCCCUCUUCUGCCUGCAGUACCUGGCCGUGCGUGUGCUGCUGCGCUUCCAGCUCAAGCUGUCUGUGCUGCUGCUGCUGAUGGGCCGCCGGUGCCUGGACUUCCGCUUGCUGAACGAGCUGCUCAUCUACGCCAUCCAUGUGACCAUGCUCCUGGUCGGGGGUCUGGGCUGGUGCUUUACGGUCUUUGUGGACAUGUGAGGGAAUCGGCUUCUAUGGGCUUUCAUGGUGCCCUGUUCUGGUUCUUCCUGGCUGCCUGCGGCUGGUCUGGGCUUUUUCUGUCCCAUCCUGCAGGCGAGGCCUACAGCACAUGCUCCCACGAGGGAGCCAAAAGGGCUGAGACUGCUCGCUCAUGGGGACCCUGACCCCUUCCUCCUG